AUAGCAUUUAAAAGAAGAAGAAAUUGAUUAAAAGCGAUUUAUUUUAAUUACAUAAAUAGGCUUUAUAAAAUAUCUGAUGAUAAUGUCAUCUCAAAUAGAAACAGUAAAAUCUACAAUAAGCAAGUCCUUAAAAAUUAUUCGCAUGUAUGAUUGGCUCAUAGACUUGUAUGUUUUGGAUUUCUUUGUCGACAACCAUUGGGAGAAACUACCAGCGUCAUGGCGCAACUGUUUUGAAAGUUUAGAUCCUCAAAUAUUGGGAGAUAUAUUAUCGGGAAAUCGUACACGUUACGUCUUGCCAUUAUCAUUUUUGGCCCUUAUAAAUUCCGUUAGAACUUUUAGUAUACAUCGAACAUACCCAAACAAAAAUCUAGAUACGAUAAAUGGUAAUAUGGACUCAUGUGGGGGCCACCCUAAAUUGAAGAACCUAUUUUUAAAGCAUGUUAAGUUAAAAAAGCGACAUGAAAUUUCCCUAAUGGCAAAUAUAGUGGCCGAUACAGCGUCAAAAAGUGGUUGUCAUUCUGUGAUAGACUUUGGAUCAGGCCUUGGACACUUGGUGAGGAUGCUGGCAUAUAAAAAUGAUCUAUACGCUGCUGGAAUUGAAUGUCAAAAUCAGUUGACUGUCGAAGCUAGAAAGCUCGACCUUGAACUAGAAUACACAGCAAGUAAGCAUCUCUCCCCCUCAGCUAUGUGUCAACUCCGUCGUCCAAUACAUUUUAAUGUACAACUUUCAGCACAUGAACAAUUGGACCUACUACCACUACCAAACACAAUGAAAAAUUAUGGUCUUAUUGGACUCCAUCCCUGUGGAGAUCUGGGGCCAUUGUUACUAAAUCAUUUUGUCAAUUGUGAAGCAGUAAAGUUUAUAUGUGUAGUUGGGUGCUGUUAUAUGAAAUUGGAGAGUCGAGGGUACCCAAUGAGUGAAUAUGUGAAGACUUUGGAUUGUCGUCUUUCAUAUGUCAGUAGAGAGAUUGCAUGUCAUGCUAUUGAAUUUUAUGUCGACAAGCUGAGGAAGGGACAGUUUGAGGAUUUGAAGAUACACGCUUAUAGAGCGGCUUUAGAGAGGAUUUUAUUGGACCACGAUCCAAAGAUGAAACAUGCCCCUGUCAGAAGUAUUAAGCAUUCAUACUCCAUGACAUUUAAAAGGUAA